CUUCAGUCUUGCACAGGUGUACCGGCUCCUCCCCUCCAGUCUUGCACAGGUGUACCGGCUCCUCCCCUUCAGUCUCGCACAGGUGUACCGGCUCCUCCCCUUCAGUCUUGCACAGGUGUACCGACUCCUCCCCUCCAGGCUUGCACAGGUGUACCGGCUCCUCCCCUUCAGUCUUGCACAGGUGUACCGACUCCUCCCCUCCAGGCUUGCACAGGUGUACCGACUCCUCCCCUCCAGGCUUUCACAGGUGUACCGGCUCCUCCCCUUCAGUCUUGCACAGGUGUACCGGCUCCUCCCCUCCAGGCUUGCACAGGUGUACCGACUCCUCCCCUCCAGUCUUGCACAGGUAUACCGGCUCCU